CCCGCCGUUCAUUCAUUAUUCCAUCCGUGUGCUUUGCCGGCGUUGGUUCGCUUUUCACGGGAGCCUCCGUGCAGUGUGGUCGUUAAUUUCUGCAAAAGUUGCUGAAAAGUACUUAAAAGUGGCAUUAGCUUGCUCAGUGAUUGUUUGGAGAAGGUUGAGUUUGUUACUAAGUUGCUGAAAACCAAGUAAAACAUGUCGUACGAAGAUGAUUCCGCAAACGCUGGAGGCGACUCGUCGGCGUUCUACAUCCGGCUGCGAGGUCUCCCGUGGAACAUCACCGAGCAGGACAUUCGCGACUUCCUGCAGGGCGUCCAGGUCGAGCAUGUCCACAUCGGCAUUAACGCGAUGACCAAGCGCCAGACGGGCGAGGCUUACCUGCGGCUUCCGACGCUGGAUGACCAGAUUAAGGCGCUGGAUUUAAACAAGGCCACGAUCGGGCAUCGGUACAUCGAGGUGUUUACAGCCAACGAGGACCAGUACGAGCAGGCUGUUAACGAUGGCGAGGGUGACGAGGACGGCGGUCCGGUGCUGAAGCUUCGGGGCCUGCCCUGGAGCUGUACCAAGGAGGACAUCAAGCGGUUCUUUGUUGGGUUGACGAUAAAGAAUGGCAUUAAUGGGAUUCUUUUGCUAACGGAUCAGCUGGGACGGGCAUCUGGGGAGGCAAUUGUAGAGUUUGCAACGGAAGCCGAUGCCGAACAGGCGAUGAACAAACAGAAAGAGAAGAUUGGGAGCAGGUACAUUGAGCUGUUCCGCAGCAGCACUCGUGAAAUGAAGUGGGCCGAAAAACGGGCACGCCGUCCGGCUCCGUACGGUCGCAACGACGGCGGAAACGACUUUGGCGGCGACGGAGGCAACGGAAACAUGAAUCGCGGCGGCGGUGGAAUGGGCGGUGGUGGUGCCGGCAACCGGUUCCCGCCCGGCCAGGGCUACGGACGCGGAUCAGACAGCUUCUCGGACAACUCGAUGGGCGGCGGCGGAGGCAACAGCUGGAACAACCGAGACGAUGGCGGCUACGGAAAUGGCGGUGGCGGCACCGGAUACGGGUCCGGAAAUAAGCUCGGCGGUGGGACCGGUAAUGGCAGCGGCAACAUGUACUCAUCCGGUGGGUUGGCCAACAAUACGAGCAACAUUGACCUCUUGAGAUUGUUGCAGGAUCAGAUGAAGCGGGGAGGCGGAACCAACUACGGCUCGGGACGCAGCAACAUGGGCGGCAGCGGCGGCGGAAGUUACAGCACGGGUGGGUUCGGAAGCAACAGCAGCUUCGGAGGUAGUGGCGGCGGCUUCGGUGGCGGAAACUCGAGCGGUUUCAGCUCGGACCGUGGGUUCCGUUCCGGGGGCCAGGUUGGAGGCAACAACUACAGCAACUUUAGCAGUGGCGGCAACAGCUUUGGCAGCAACGGCGGUGGUGGCGGCGGUGGCUUCUCCAGCAAUGACUUUUUCUGCAGCGCCGAGCAGGAUCUGUUCUGUGUGCAUCUGCGAGGAAUGCCGUUCAGCUGCGACGAUCAGGACAUUCAGGACUUUUUCAUGCCGCUGAGACCGGUCAAGGCGAACAUCGAGUACGACUCGAGGGGGCGCCCGUCCGGCGAGGGUAACGCUUACUUCGAAACCGUGGAGGAAGCGAUGAAGGCCAUGAAGAAGCACAAGGAAAAGAUGGGCUCGCGCUACAUUGAGCUGUUUGCCGGAGCGCGGAAGCCUCAGGGUAACAAGUUCAUGAACUAAUUGUAUUGUACACACAUGUACGUAAACUUAACUUCCAAACAGUAAUCAUGGCAGGCAGACGCGUUUUAUGCAAGUUCAACAUUGAUUAACCAUAACAAGCACACAAGACACUUUCAGCGUUACUCCGGUUAACGCAAACAAACCCAUCAUCUUUCAUGUUCUCUCAAACUCUCCAAAAUUACUCAACUGCUGGCGCAGAGAUAGACAAGACAAGUCUGACAAAAUGCUGAACUUACCAACUACGAUUUUAGUUUUUAAGAUGUAGGAAAUAUUCCGUUUUAAUGCAAACACACUCAUUAACAAACAAAAAACGUGAAAGUAACAAUUACAGCGGGACAUAACUGGAGGGAAAUAACGGUGUAAAGUAAGGUCGCAAUGUAUGGAAACCACUUUGAAUAAAUAAUAAAAAAAAUCAGUAUCGCUUUAAAAUCCUA